AUGUCUACGGAUCCGCCCCUUUCGAUAGCCAUCAUUGGCGCUGGAAUAGCGGGGGUUACGCUUGCUAUUGCUCUCUCAGGGCACAGCCCCAAUAUUCACAUCACGAUUUUCGAAUCUCGUCUCCAGUUCUCGGAGAUCUCGGCAGGCGUAGGUCUCGGACCAAAUGCUGUCAAGGCGAUGGAUCUCAUUUCACCAAAGAUUACAGAGGCAUACAAUACCGUUAAGACCGCGAAUUUGUGGCCGGAGAAAGCCGAGGUUUGGUGUGAUAUUCGCUACGGAGAUGGCCCUAAAGCGGGGAACAUGAUCUCAGAAAUGAAAAGUGAGAAUGGGUUCGUGCCUUGCAGUGCCUCGAGGGCGCAAUUUUUAGCAAAACUCAUUGAUUUACUUCCCGAGACCGUGGGACUGAGGUUUGGGAAGCGAGUCAUUGACGUUGAAGGGGAUGAUGAAGAUGAACCUGGAAAGACGCGAGUGAGAUUCGAAGAUGGGACGGACGUCCAUGUUGAUGCUGUUAUUGGGUGUGAUGGCAUCCGUUCGGCAUGUCGCCGCAUUCUACUAGGUGAAAAUGACCGAGCUGCGAAUGCGGUAUACAGUGGAAAAUACGCAUACAGGCAAGUGGUGGAUAUGAGCACAGCGGUUCGAGCAGUCGGACCUGAGGUUCAAAAUCGGCAAGUGUAUCUAGGCCAAGGAGGUCAUAUUUCGACAUGUCCGAUUCGAAACGGAAAGGCUUUGAAUAUAGUGGCCUUCAAAGAUGCUAAAGGAACUCCUUGGAAGCAGAGGCAGUGGGUUAUUCCUAGCUCGCGAGACAUCCUCCUGAAGGACUUCAAAAGCUGGGGAGACAAGCCAAUAAAAUUGCAAGCUUUCGCAGUGUACGACCAAAUACGACGCCCAAGAGGUCAAGAACUCAUAAAGAGAUCCCGAAAACAAGGCAUGUUGCUUGACUUACAAGGACAAAGACAGAUCAACCAGGAGCUGAAGAUGAGAGUACGUCUAAACCAAAAAUGGGUUUGGGAUGCAGAUAUCGAAGGAAUGUUACAGCAGGCCAAGGCUCUGCUUGAUGAUUAUAAGGAGGCUAAGUAG